CGGCCCGCCCCCGGCCCUCGCUUGUACCUAUGGUGUCACGCCCGGCGCCCUGCCAGGCAGUCCCGCUCUUAUACUCGGGGGGCUAUGGCGGGGUUGGCAGGCAGGUUUGCCAGGUGCUGGUGCUCCGGGCUUCUCCGCAGUGUGUGCUUAAAAAGGACUUAGCUAGCCACGCUUGCUGUCCCCACUCUGCUGCUGGCUCUUUAGACUGCUGGAGGUGAGGACUGAGCGUGUCUGCUCAGUGAGCGUCACAGCCUAGCAUCCAGGCCAAGUAGAUUCCCCCAGGGACCAGUUUGGAAACCACUAACCACUGGCUGAGGCAAGUGCAAGGCAAAUAUUGCUGGAGAAACGUAGCAUUUCGGCGUGGAGGAGUUGGAAACAGUUAGGAACCCGCCUGCCGGUUUGCAGCCCCCUGCAGGUCCCAGCCCUUGGGUUACACAUGGGCAGCCCCGCCAUGCAAGCCAGCCAGAAGGACUUUAACAACGCGGUGAGCCAGGUGAAGCUCCUGAAGGAGGAUCCGGGCAAUGAAGUGAAGCUGAAACUCUACGCGCUCUACAAGCAGGCCACUGAAGGACCUUGUAACGUGCCCAAACCAGGUAUGCUGGACUUUAUCAAUAAGACCAAAUGGGAUGCGUGGAAUGCUCUUGGCAGUCUGUCCAAGGAAGCUGCCCGACAGAACUACGUGGACUUGGUGUCCAGGCUGAGUGCUUCCUCUGAGUCCCCCAGCCCAGAGGCCCCUGCAGCAGACAGGAAGCAACCGGAAAGCGAUAGCCUGGUGGUGACCUCCGAAGACGGCAUCACCACCAUCAGGUUGAACCGUCCAGCCAAAAAAAAUGCUCUCACCACUCAGAUGUAUCAUGACAUCAUAGCUGCACUUCAGGCUGCAAGCAGGGAUGAGUCAGCCAUAACUGUUUUAACAGGCAGCGGGGACUACUACUGCAGCGGGAACGACCUGACCAACUUCAGGAAUCUGCCCGCCGACGGGCUGGAGGAGAUGGCCAGGAGCGGGGCCGCCCUCCUGAGGGAUUUCGUCAACUGUUUCAUAGACUUCCCGAAGCCGCUGGUGGCCGUGGUCAAUGGUCCGGCCGUGGGGAUCUCCGUCACCGUCCUCGGGCUGUUUGACGUCGUUUACGCGACCGACCGGGCAACCUUUCACACCCCGUUCAGUCACCUGGGCCUGAGUCCGGAAGGCUGUUCCUCUUACACUUUCCCCAAGAUAAUGGGCUCAAGCAAGGCGGCAGAGAUGCUCCUUUUUGGGAAGAAGUUAACAGCCCAGGAAGCAUGUGCCCAAGGACUCGUUACUGAAGUUUUUCCCGACAGCACUUUUCAGAAGGAAGUGUGGGCCAGGCUGAAAGCAUAUUCAAAGCUCCCCCCAAAUGCCAUGAGAAUUUCCAAGCAGAUCAUCAGAAACAGGGAGAAAGAAAAGUUGCACGCGGUCAACGCGGAAGAAAGCAGUGUCCUGAGGGAGAGGUGGCAGUCAGACGAAUGCAUGAAUGCCAUCGCAAGCUUCCUGUCCAGAAAGGCGAAGCUCUGAUGGCCUGCGCGGCAGCCGGGCGCCUCCAGGGAAGCGCUGUACCGCUGCUCCCGCAUGUCAGUCCCCGAGCCGAAUAAAGCUCGCCGUGCCUUCUUUCAGUGCUUAAAUACCAGUUGCUGUGAUUGUAUUGUGCUGGAGCCUUGAUGGGAAACAAAUGAUGUCAAACGCGCUUGGGGAACUUGUGUGGGCUCCUGGUUGGGGGCAGCCUCAGCUCUCGCGACAUGAACUGCUGCUGCCAGGCACACUGGAACAUGCUGCCGGGCGCCCUGCUCUGGAACGCGCUCACCGCGUUGCAGGCCGAGACCAUGUGUCUGAAAACCACCACGGCGCUCUGCCGUCCGCACAGCGUCACCGACUCAAUCGGCCCGAACACCGCCAACCUCUGCGUGACCGAGGCAAGGUCUUCGGUGGGUCGCAUGUUCUUUUUCAGCCACCUGGCAGCGGGGAGUGAGCACAGAGGAGCAGGACUAUCAGAGGGUCAGUUAGAAUCUUAGCUUCAUUCCACCCCUAUCAUCUGCCGAAAAGACACGGAGAAUUAGACUGUUUCCCAGGAACAUGAUAUUCCAAAUCAGUGGUUACUUCCUCAUGUAUUGUCUCGUCUUCAUUCUCAUUUAAGAGGGUCUCUUAUAAAAAACACAUCUGAAAGCUGCCUUCACUGUCCUUGUAAUCUAAUAAAAACACAACUUAUGGGGUAUAGUAAAA